AUUAAGUUGUUUUUUUCAAAAAAAAUAAAAAUCUAUUAAGUUGUUAUAGCCAACAGAAGGCUGGUCCUUGGUCCCCAAGAGAUCAAUCGUGGACCGGGAAUCGCUUUCUAUCCGUUGAUAACCCAUCCGAGCCGCCAUACGAAGACCAUGGUACACUCCCCAGGCCUCAGCUUCUCCUACAGAGCAUAUACCAAUAUUUGAGACAAAACAUCUGAUCCAUAAGUGACCGUUGCGGCCCGAACCGUAGUCUUCUUUUACGAGAUCGCAUCCGACGGCCACAUUUCAAUAAAUAACUAGCCGUUGGUGAUUUGAAUAAAGACCCACGCUCCCCUCUGUUUGUAUGCCUAUCCAGCAGGCAACGCUCCUUCAAUCUCUCUCUCUUUCCUCUUCCCCUUUGGGGUUUUUGGCAGACACAGUAUGGGCAAAUGAAAGGUGGGGGAGAAAUGGGUGGAAAGAAGUUUGGGAUGGAGAUCAGGCACAACAGGAGAGCACAGGGAGGUGAUAAACCAGAAUUUAGGAGCCCAUCCAUGCCCAUUUGUUGUUACCAAAAGAGGAUUAUCAGAAACUACUAAUGGGGUCUGCAAUAACAAUCCUUCUGUACCAUCUCAUAGGCCCAUCACAAGGAAAUUUGCUGCCCAAAUUUCUACCUCACAGCAACACUAUCAUGAGGGUUGUUUUAAAGGGAGACACUACUGAAAUAGAUGCAAGAUUUCUUCUGGAAAGACGAAUAUACACUUUACUGUCUCAAAUGUAUUUAUGAAUUUUUCAUUUAGUAUCUUGAGACUAUUUUUGGCAGUUGAGGAGGAUGUUUUGGCGUUUUUGAGGACAACAUCAAAAGAAAAUGACAGUGGUGUGCUCUGAGUUUGACAAGAUUGGAACAAUUAAAUGUUGAUUAUGAUGCCUUUCUUUUAUUCCUUAACAUGACUUCUUACACUCUUUCUUGGAUUUCCUUGUGGCUUUGGCUUUCAUGCUGAUAACUUUUGUUUCACAGUGAUAAACCUCCCUCAAAAGGAGUAAUUGGCCUCAAUUCUAGCUUUGUAAGGGUAAAGAGACCUGAGUCUCUUUUACUCUGAUUUGGUCCUGAAGAGGACAGAGUUUUUUCCAUUUGGUUCCCUCAAGCACCUAUGUUGCAUUGGGUUUCUUUAGUUUCUCCAUGUGAUCUGAGAGAUUGUAUUAGUAUUGGCAAUAGCAGUAGUUUUUCCUUUCUGACCCGGAUGCUUCUGCUUCUUAUGGAUAUGGACUCAGAAGUUCCGGAGAUGCUUCUGCCACCUCUGAAGGUUAUGUUGGAGGCUAUAGUAUUGCAAAUAGAGGAAUUGCAGCAUAGGCUUUCAUUAUUUGGAUACAUGAAAUAAAUGUUUAGGAGAAGGGACUGCAAUGAGAGACGUGGGUCUUGAAUAUCUACUAUCAUAUAUCCCUCUCGGAAUACAAGGAAAAUUGAUACUAUAGAGCUAACAGUGGCAUUGUCUAUAAAAGGGUGAACAUACAGACAUUCAGAGAGAGAGAAAGUUAAGGGAUUUUUGUUUUAAAGUUUCGAAUUUUAGUUCCAUUAUCAGCAUUUAAUGGAACUAACGAUAUGCCUUGCCGAUGUGCUGCUUAUGAAGAAACAGGCGAGUACCCCCGGUACAGCAUUUAGAGGUAGAUUAUUUUGAUUAUUACGUAUUCAUUUUUUGUUUUUGUUUUUUUAUUUUUUAUUUUGUCUAAAACUUAUUGUCCAUUUUAGUGAUCAUACCAGACCAGCAAAGUUUGGUAUUUGUUUGUGCUUGCUGCUGCUUAUUAUAGUUUUGUGGAUUCUUGUCUCUGGGAUUGUUUGUGCCAGAGAAGUGUUUGAUUUAUAAGUGUGGAAGAAGGGAUACCAUUUAGGGUCCCCAUUGAAUGAAUAAAAGACUCCAAAUAUUCUCAUCAAAAAAAUAAAAAAAAUGCAUCACUGCAGCUGUUUGACAUCAAUGAGAGGAUGUGGGCUAUUCUGGUUGAUUGAGGGAAAAGAAAAAUGGGAAUUUUUUAAAAAUAGUGGAAUUUUGGGGUAUUAAUUAUGUGAUAAAGGGAAGAGACAUUACUUUUGGCAGUUUAAUUGAUAGGUUUCUAGAGAAGCAGUCUAUUGUGAGGAAGAAGUUGCAGCUUGUUGGACUGGUUGCCAUGUUUGUUAGCAUGCAAGUACGAGGUGGUUUCUGUUCCUGUCGUGGAUGAUUUGGUGUUCAUUUCAGCUUACACAAAGAAAGAAGUGCUAGAAAUGGUUUAUCGGCGAGGUUGAUGAGCUGAAAUAAAUCUGGAAAGGGCAAAACGAAAAUAAAAUGCCACUUCAAGGGGAUGAUGAUUUUGUAACAGAAUCCUCGGUGGCUGCGAGGUUAAAGGAACAUGGAAUUGACUUGAGUUCAGACCCCUAUUUGAUGCAUCGCCAUGGUGUAGUGGAGCGAUCAUCAUGUUAUUGUAGGAGUUUGAGUCCUAAGAGAGUGGAAAAAGAAGGGACAGUGGUGUCACUGGAUAAUAAGGGGAGAUAUGGGUGGCUGGGUCGAGAUGAGAGAUUGCAGGGAAUGGUUUGGCCUGCCGACAAGAGGCCCGAUUACCAUGAGAUGAUAUCGAGUAAGGACGAGAUGAAAACGUAUGAGCUCUGUGAUAAUGUGGUUGGAGCUGAUGCUAAGAGUAUUGGUUUGAGGUAUGAAUAUGAAAAUAUUGGCAAAGGAGCUGCUAGGCAUUCGAGUAAGGAUGAGAUGAAAACGUAUGAGCUCCGUGAUAAUGUGGUUGGAACUGAUGCUAAGAGUAUUAGUUUGAGGUAUGAAUAUGAAAAUAUUGGCAAAGGAGCUGCUAGGCAUUUGAGUAAGGACGAGAUGAAAACGUAUGAGCUCCGUGAUAAUGUGGUUGGAACUGAUGCUAAGAGUAUUGGUUUGAGGUAUGAAUAUGAAAAUAUUGGCAGAGGAGCUGCUAGGCAUGACUGUGUUGAGACAGAGAGACUCUCGAGGGCCACUGAGCAUGAAAUAUUUAGACAAAAAUCAAUGGCUUUGCAAGAGGAGUUGGGCAGGGGAGUAUUGACACAGGGUUUGGAUUCGGAAUUGAAGUCAAAGUAUGUUGAAGGUGAAAGGAGUUUGCCAUCGGAUCCAAAGCUUCUUGACUUGGAUAGAUUUGAGGUUAGGGGAGCUCAUUAUCCAGACCCUCAUCUUCUGGACAAAUUGACAGCCAUGGAAAUGUAUGGUCGAGGGGAAAUGCAUGAGUUUCAUUCAAAAAAUAUUUCAUACCCUGUUGAGUAUACAUCCCAGCCUAAGGAUCUGAUGUGCACUUGUCACAUCAAGGGCAAUGCUACAAGAAUAUCUAGGGGGGAUUACCCCUCAUCAUUCAAAGAUGAUAUGGCUAUGCAGAAAGAUAUUCAUCCUUUGACCUCAGCAAAAUUUGGAAAUCAAUACUUUUUAAAUGAACACAGAGAGGAGUUCAUUUUUCGUGCUGGAAGACAGGAGGAUGUAAGGAGCUACUAUCAUGAUAGAUGCAGUGCUAGCAGGACCAAUGAUCAGGAAUACGUGUAUCCCAAAACUUGUCCUGAGGAAGAUUAUAAUCAUGGUUACUUGUCCGAGGGGUUAAACAGGAGGAGGAAUUUCCACCAACUAAAUGUUAGUCCAUCAAGAUUCCUGGGUGCAGCUAAGGAAAGGAUUGAUAUUUCUCAAAGAAAUCUGAUUGGCUGCAGUUCCUUGGAUCAUCACUCUUCACAAGCUGCUCUGGAGUAUCUUCCUUCUAGCACUUCCCCUGCUAUACUUCGUCAAGAUGAUUUUUAUCGGGAUUCCAGAGAAACUUAUGCUGAGAAGCAAAAUUUUAGAGAAAGAGAGAUGCCAUGUCCCUGCAUCUCACGAGGAAUAUUGAACCCUGGCAGUGAUAAUGAUUCUGCUUCCAACAUCUAUUUUGAAAAGUGGAGAAAAUCAUCGGGAGGUGAAAGCCAGAUGGAAAUACUUGGACAUGGGGUGGGAACAGAGAAAAUGGAAUCAUGUGUGCAUUGCACUAAAAAUGAGUUGGCUAGGUCGUUGAAGAGGAAGUAUAGUUUGGAUAAUGAAAUGAUCAUGCAUAAUUCUAAUGGGAUCAUGCCAAGGAAAUUGACUACUAUGAAGGGAACAAGUGAUGUAUCUGGAGUUCAGGACCAGAAGAAUCAAGAUGCAGCUCCUUUAUUGGAGCAUGACAUUGAGCAAUGUAGAAAGGUUUGUAAGGUAUAUGAGAAGGAAAAAUCCAAUCCAGUUACUGCUUCUCAUAAUCCUAUGGAACAGGGGCAAAAACUGCUUAUCAAUCAAAAUGAACCCUGGAAAAAGCAAAAAGUUCAUCAAGAACCCAGUUCACUCAGCUGGCAUAAUAUGAGGCAACAUAAUACGAAAAAUUCCCUCCCUAAGAAUGUUUGGGUAAGGGGAAACAUUGAUAAACAAAUGGAGGUGCAUGAAAAUAAAGUUAAGGAAUCAAAAAGCACCUUGGUGGAUUCUACGAAAUCAGUGUUACCUGAGGGUUCCAAUAAGUUUGAUCAACAGGUACAGAAGUUUUUCUUAAUUUUCACCAAAAAAGUGAAUGAAGAUCUUCCUACUCGAAAAAGAUAUAAGGAGAAAGGAAGGGCUGGAGGCUUAAUCUGUCUUGCCUGUGGGAAAAGGCAAUUCAGGGAUGCUCAAUCCUUAGGGGCACAUUGCUUUAUGACACAAAAGCAUGACUUGAAAGCUAAACACUUGGGUCUUCUCAAGGCAAUUUGUGUCCUGAUGGGGUGGAAUACUGUUGUGGGCCUGAAUGUUACAGCAUGGCUACCAGAGCCCAUUUCCAGAUCCAAUGCCUCAGCCCAAAGAGAAGACCUUAUACUCUGGCCACCAACUGUCAUUGUUCACAACUGUACCAAGUCAAGCUAUGGUCCACAAGAGCAACAAGUCAAAACUCUAAGAAAGAUUGAGGAUCUCCUGAGGGGUGAAGGUUUUGGCGUUAGUAAAAUCAAGGUUUGUCUUGGGAAGCCUUCAAAUGGUAGCGUAGUGGUGAUCAAAUUCUUGGCCACCUUUCUGGGCUUAAAAGAUGCAGAGAAGCUCCACGAGUAUUUUAUAAAGAAAGGGCAUGGAAGAAAAGACUUGAAUCAGGCUUCUGAUAAGGGGGCAGAUAAAUUUAACGAGAUUGUACUGUACGGAUACAUGGGUCCCGGUUUAAAAGAUGCAGAGAAGCUCCGCGAGUAUUUUAUAAAGAAAGGGCAUGGAAGAAAAGAGUUUAAUCAGGCUUCUGAUAAGGGGGCAGACAAACUUAGCGAGCUUGUACUGUACGGAUACAUGGGUAUAGCUGAGGACUUGGAUGAAGUGGAUAAAGAUACGAGUUCAAGAUGUUUGAUCAAGAGCAAGAAAGAAAUUCAUGAUUUUGUGGAUGCUCCUGUUUAUACCUCAAAGCAUCAACUCUCUUAAGCUUAACGCAAAAUGCUAUGAGGAGAUGGAGAAUCAUACAUGAAAUUCUGCAAAGCCUCACUUAUUUUCCCUCAAUAUUUUGUCAUAUUUGGAAACUAGAACCCCUUUUUUGUUAAAUGCUCUCCAUCUCCAC